AUGCAUGGUCUGUGCCACGGAAUCAGUAAACAGGUAUGGGGACUUGUACACGAAAAGUAUGGAAUCAAGCAUCCUCUAUGUCUUUCUCUUGCCACUCAAAGGGAGAUUGGUGCUGCAAUGGUAGCCGCAAAAUCCACAAUCCCUAUAUUGUUGCAUGGUGCCUGGAGAUAUGUGACAAAGAAUGCCGGUUUCUUUAGAGCUGUGGAUUGGGCAGACUUUUUACUCUUUGUUGUCCCCACGUUGGUUUCAGAGCGUGUCCAAGACUCAGUUGCCCAAAAGGCAUUACUUGGCUUGGUUCAAGCAUGCAAUUUACUCAUGAGCUGGGAGUUAUCAGCAGAGGAUCAAACCUCAAUAAGAAGUAAUCUUGUAGAAUGGAACUUAUUCCUAGAGAGUCUUCUUUUUACAGCAGGUAUUGACAUUGGCAUGUUUACAAUUAACCAGCACAUUAUUCAGCAUUAUUCUCAGAUGAUUGAUCUAUAUGGCCUGCCAAGAGCAUAUAGUACACAAUCCAUGGAAAGAGCCAUUAAUGAGUACUUCAGGUCUAUCAAGAGUAACUUCCAAGUCAGUGCCAAUGCUGGAAACAUUAUGAUCAGACUGGUGCAAUCCUGGCAUGUAGUAGAACUGACAACCGUUGCAAACCCAAAAACUCCAUCAGUUAACCUUUUAGUUUACAGUGCAUAUACCGAUGGGUGGCCUAUUACAGAAGGAGGGAAAGAAUGUAGUAUGCCUGAGCCUUCCAUAAAGACAAGCCGCAAGGCCUAUCUUAAUGGUUGUGUUAUUGAUGCUGCAUUCAACCAAAGUUUUACAAGAGAGGCAUGUCAUGUUCAUGUGCAGCUACAAGUGGACAUGAACUCCAGAAGAUCCCGCUCUUACCAUCCAGGAUAUAAGCAUUUCUUUGGAAAGGUGAUUAUAUUUUUCCAACAUGUACACAACUCAAAGAGAUGGUCACUAGCUCUCAUAACUAUAUAUAGUGUGCAUUUGAAAAAUAGAUUGCCUAUUACAUCUGUAGUAAAGCUAAAGACUAUAGUGAUUUAUGCCAGUAACAUUGUAGAGUUGGUUGGCUUGGUGCCAUCAAAUGUCAAUGGUAGCCAUUACAUCAUUUGGCCUAGCCUUAAACGUGGCCCAAAAAUGACACUUGGUGCCUUAAUGCUUCCAGCAAAUGCUAAUAAAACAGUACUUAAAACCUGUCCAAAUUUGGAUGCUGAUUUCUUUUGGUGUGAUGAAAGACCAAUUGGCAAAGUCAAGAUUUUUGUCCUUAAAACUCAACUCUGA